AUGUCGGUGAAAAGGAAGAGCAUGACUUCACCUGGAGGAAGCGCCAAGAAACAAAGGAAGGCUAUCGAUCUUGAGAUGAAAAUGAAGAUCAUAAACGACUAUGAAGCUGGUAAGAAAGUUAAAGCGAUAGCACGUGACUUGGAGCUGGCGCGUUUGACCAUUUCGAUGAUCUUGAAGGAUAAAGAUAGAGUGAAAGAGGCAGUGCAAGCAUCGACAGGAUUUAAAGCCAUAAUAACUAGGCAGUGGAAAGGCCUCAUUCAUGAAAUGGAGAAAUUACUGGUGAUCUGGUUUGACGACCAGAUACAAAAAAGAAUGCCGAUGAGCCUUUUAAUAAUUCAAGCCAAGGCACGCAGUAUCUUUGAGACUCUGAAGGCGCGCGAAGGCGAAGAAUCGACGGAAACAUUUACGGCAAGCCAUGGAUGGUUUCAAUGGUUUCGUCGGAGAUUCAACGUGCAUAAUCGGAAUAUCAGCAGUGAGGCGGCAAGCGCGGACGUAGAAGCAGCGGAAAAAUUUGUUGACCAAUUUGAUGAAAUCAUCGAGAAAGGCGGCUACCGUCCGGAACAGAUCUUCAAUGUGGAUGAAACCGGGCUUUUUUGGAAGAAAAUGCCCGAAAGGUCCUACAUACACAAAGAAGCUAAAGCAAUGCCCGGUUUCAAGGCUUUUAAGGACAGGGUCAUGUUGUUGUUAGGAGGAAAUGUUGCUGGGUUCAAGUUAAAGCCUUUCCUCAUCCAUCGCUCUGAGAACCCACGUGCAUUGAAGCAGGUUAGUAAGCACACGCUGCCCGUUUACUAUCGUGCAAAUAGCAAGCCAUGGAUGACGCAAGCUUUAUUUGAGGAUUGGUUCAUCAACUGCUUCAUACCCUCAGUCAAGCAUUAUUGUCUGGAAAAGGGGGUUCCCUUUAAAAUUAUCCUCCUGCUUGAUAAUGCUCCAGGCCACCCCCAGCAUCUUGAUGAUCUACACCCGGAUGUAAAGGUAGUGUAUCUGCCUAAAAACACGACUGCUAUCCUACAGCCAAUGGACCAGGGGGCUAUAGCUACGUUCAAAGUGUACUAUUUGCGCACAACUUUUUCCAAAGCUGUAGCAGCAACAGAAAGUGAUGAAGUAACCCUUUGUGAUUUUUGGAAAUCAUACAACAUUUUACACUGCAUAAAGAACAUUGAAUCAGCUUGGGAGGGAGUGACAGAAAAGUGUAUGCAAGGCAUAUGGAAAAAAUGCCUAAAAGUUUUCGUGAAUAAUUUCGAAGGGUUUGACAAAGACGACCAUGUCAAUGUCAUAAAUAAAAAAAUUGUGGAACUUGCUAACGUGCUUAAUUUAGAUGUUGAAGUGAAAGAUAUUGAAGAAUUAGUGGAAUAUGUUGAGGGAGAGCUAACUAACGAAGAUUUAAUAGAGUUGGAAGCGCAGCAGCACUUGGAAGAGGAAGAGGAAGAAGAAGAGGAGGAAAGAAUGGAAGAAGUACAAAAGAAGCUCACUGUAAAUGGGUUAGCUGAUGCGUUCUCGAAAGUGAAUGCGGCUAUAUUAGAACUAGAGGGUAUGGACCCGAAUGUUGAACGGUUCACAAAAGUGGAAUGGCAAAUGAAUGAACUUUUACGAUGCUAUUGUGAAAUUUAUGAAGAAAAAAAGAAAAUUACAAAAAUUACAAAGCAGACCACACUAACGGGAUUCUUCUCGAAAGCUACACCCAGGACCUCUGCUGAUAACUCCGAUGAUAACUUCGAUGACUAAAAUGUUAAUCUUUUUAUAAUGAUUGUAUUUUUAUGUUCUGUAAUAUGUAAGAGUUAUGCAAAUUAAAACAAAGUUAUCAAGUUGGA